AUUCACAAAAGUGCGCUUGUCAAAAUCGGUCCACGUUACGGUGUUGCUUCCCGCCGAAUCUCAUUCAUACAUAAAACCAGUGAAAAUGUCCGUGUUUUGGUGUGGCUUCCACUACGCUACGCUGCAGGUGAACGGCCAGCGAUUCAUCGGUCCGCCGGAGCUCGUCCCGGAACCGUCCUACCGGUUCGAGCUGUUUGUGAAAAACUUGCCGCGGCACCUGUUCGAACGGGAACUGGUUCCGCUGUUUAGCAGUGCCGGCUUCGUUUACCAGAUCCGGCUGCUGAUGUGUUUCACCGGGUUGAACCGCGGAAUCGCCUACGUCCGGUACACGAACGAGCAGGACUUCCAGCGGGCCGUCACGAUCUUCCACGAGCUGCAGCUGACGCCGCGGUUCCUGCUGUACGCCUGCCGGAGCCUGAACCUGAGCAAGCUGGUCAUGUUGGACAUUGAUCCGGCCAUCGACAACUUUAUCAUCCGGGAGGUGAUCCGCGAAGUUUGCGGCGGAGAAUGCGUGUUCUUCGGCAUCCGGAACUGCAAGGAGGGCAAAAAGUUCGUCAUCAUCCAGUUCAAGUGCCACUACGAGACGGCCCUGUCCCGGCGUAAGCUGAUUCCGGUGUGUGCCCGGUUCGGCGAAACGUGCUACCUGAAGUGGUACGCGAAGCGCUAGGCGGCCGGAACGAGCCCUCCCCCUGGAUGCCGGAUAGAAUGCGCAGAUGAACUCGAAAAGAACUGGCACGUAAUUGUAUAAAACUGACUUCUUUUGUAUCGUUUUGGUGUAAUUUUAAGUUGAAAGUUU